CAGCUUUGCCCUACGUCCACUUCUGACCUAUUGACUCCUGGAAAGUGCGGUACUGGACGCCACGAGGGACCUGUGGCUUCACAACGCGGUUUCCUGACCCCUGAGGGUCUGUCUCCUAACGCCGUGGCAGAGUUAGUCACUGAUUUAUCAUGGCCUCCAGUCAUACUGUGUUGAUGCGGUUGGUGGCUUCAUCGUACGCCAUUGCUCAGAAGGCAGGAAUGAUAGUCAGACGUGUCAUUGCUGAAGGAGACCUGGGUAUUGUGGAGAAGACCUCUGCAACAGACCUGCAGACCAAAGCUGACCGACUGGUACAAAUGAGCAUAUGCUCUUCACUGGCACGGAAAUUCCCUAAACUAACCAUCAUAGGAGAAGAGGACCUGCCUUCUGAGGAAGUGGAUCAAGAGCUGAUUGAAGAUGGCCAGUGGGAGGAAAUACUGAGGCAGCCGUGCCCAUCGCAGUACAGUCGAAUUAAAGAGGAAGACCUUGUAGUUUGGGUUGAUCCUCUGGAUGGUACUAAGGAAUAUACUGAAGGUCUUCUUGAUAACGUAACAGUUCUUAUUGGAAUCGCUUAUGAAGGAAAAGCCAUAGCGGGAAUCAUUAACCAGCCUUAUUACAACUACCAGAACGAUGAAAAGCAGAAGUUAAGGGAGCACAGGAAUGAAGCAAAGGCAGGACCAGAUGCUGUGCUGGGAAGGACAAUCUGGGGAGUUUUAGGUUUAGGUGCCUUUGGGUUUCAACUGAAAGAAGCCCCUGCUGGGAAGCACAUUAUCACCACCACCCGAUCCCACAGCAACAAGCUGGUUACAGACUGUGUUAGUGCUAUGAACCCUGAUGAUGUGCUGCGAGUGGGAGGAGCAGGAAAUAAGAUUAUCCAGCUGAUUGAAGGCAAAGCCUCUGCCUAUGUAUUUGCAAGUCCUGGAUGUAAAAAAUGGGAUACUUGUGCCCCGGAAGUUAUCUUACAUGCUGUGGGAGGAAAGUUAACCGAUAUCCAUGGGAAUGCCCUUCAGUACAACAAGGAGGUGAAGCAUAUGAAUUCUGCAGGCGUCCUGGCUACACUGAGGAAUUAUGACUACUAUGCAAGCCGAGUCCCAGAGUCUGUUAAGAAAGCACUUGUUCCUUAAAGGAAUAAUCUACUUAGCCUAGUGGACUUGGUUCUCAAAAUAAUACAUUUUAAAGCUGAUUGGAAAGGAUUAGAACUCUAUCUUUAUUCAUUGUUAAUCAGUGAUUUAUAUUUGUUAAUUAGCAAU